AUGGGCUGGGGACACGGAAGGGGUUACCAUCACUGGGGCCAUCACCAUCACCAUCAUCCUCAUCAUCACCACGGCAUUGGACGAGCAGUGGCAGAAGUGGCCGAGGUGGCCGUCGUGGGCAGCGUGGCCGCCAUCGCUGCCGGUGCCGUGGCCAAUGCAGUCGCUUCACGACGCCCCGAGCCCGUGCGGGAGGUGAUUGUCACCCCGCAAGCGGGAGCCACGCCCGUGGUGGUCUAUGAAGGCAAGGGUGGAUGGAAAGGCAACGGUAAAGGACAUGUGACGGAAAUUCUUCAAGUUCCACCGUUGGGUGUCAGUGCUGUGGGCAUUCCUGCCAUGGGAAUCUCCAAGCAGCAAGGAGUGACCUUCUUUAGCGUGGAUGUGGUGCCGGAGGUGGGGCCUUCAUACCGAGUACAGAAGCGCUACAACGAUUUCGAUUCCUUGAAGGAGCGGCUUCACCGGAUGGCGCGCCACGCGUGGAUCAACCAGGACUUCCCUCCCAAGCACUUGUUGAGCUGCGAGGGGGCCAAACUGGAAGAUCGACGCCAUGGCCUCGAACGAUGGCUCACACGGAUUCUGAAUGAUCCCCACAGUCGAGGCCUUUGGUGCCUGGAGCUUCGAUCCUUCUUGGAGGUCAAUGGCAUUCACACUCUCCCACCAGCGGUGCCGGUGGCACCAGUGGCUCCAGCAACUCCAGAGCGGGAAGGAGAAGUCUUACAAAUCGUGGUCCCUGCAGGAGUUUUCAGUGGACAAACCCUGUCAGUGACAGUGCCAGAUGGACGGCAGUUGGCCUGCAUGAUACCUGCCGGUGUGUCAGCCGGAUGUGAGCUCCAGCUGUGGUUUGAUCCGGUCUUUGGCACCCACUUGUAUUUCCUUUGCGCGUGCCAUCGCCUUGCAAGCCAAGAAGAGGAGGGAUCUGAGCUAAAGCCGGGUCAAGGCUGGACAUUGGCUGAGAAGCUGUUAGCGAAGCUGCUACAAGAGUGGGGUGGCAAGAAGGAGUUCGACCAUUGGUGUCAAGCUGCGCUGAAAGCCUUUGUUGCGCGAGCACCACAAAUGCUGCUGAACUUGCCCUGGAGCAAAGCCAUCAAAGGUGCGAGGAAGGCUUUCGCACGGCGGAGCCAGUUGAUUUUCAUCCACACGCACUUGUUGCGGCCACUUCCGCCAGAGACGACCUCCAAGGAGGACGUUGCCACGCAAACGGUUUUCGCAGAUGGUUGUGCCAAGCUGUGCGCGGAGUUGAUGAUCUCUCUGGAGGCGUCAGAGGACAAAGCUGCAAGCCAGCAGAAGCUCAGAAAAGAAUGCCUUCAUACCCUCAAGGCCAUUCACAAGCUCCGACAGAAGUCUGGUGGGCUGCCACCUGAGAUUUCAGAUGCCAUCGCUGAAGCGCUUGCCAGCUUCCGGGAUUCCCUCCCGCAGAAGCGUGGCGAGGCGUCGGGUGUCUUGACGGCGGCAAACCCACCACCACCUAUCCAAAACCGAAGUGAACAGGAAAUCAAAGAGAAGGUCACCUCUUGGAUGAAUUUGGUGCACCCCCGUGCUCCGGAAUUCUUCACAUUUCCGUACCAGUGGGAAGAGAUUUUGGUGCAAGUUGCUAAGUUCACUGACCGAGCUGAUGAUUGUAUCCAAGGACCUGACAAGUGUGUUCAGUGGUAUGGGCCAAGUGAAGAUGGGCAGGCAGUUUUACUUGUGAGGCCGCCAGGAGAGAGCGAAGCAAGGAAGACCUACUUGAACCGCAUUCUCACCUUCAUCUUCGCACAUGACGAACUCUACUCCUGUAUUCAGGCGCUGCCCAAGGUCCCUCGCCGUAAGGUACCUUUGAAGAUGAGUUGCGGGAAGCCUCUUUGCGUGUUCUUGGGACAUAUCACCGCGGCAGAGGCUGAUGGAUUCCCUGAGAAUGACACUGCGCCAGAACAGGUCUCGAAGGCAGACCUGCCGCCUCCACCACCGUUGCAAAAGCGAAGUGAACAGGAAGUCCAAGAGAAGAUCAAGUCUUGGAUGGUCUUCGUGCAUCCACGUGCCCGCAGCUACUUUGAAUCAGUGGAGAAGUGCGAAGAGGUCUUGGGACAACUGGCCAGGUUGACUGACAGAAAUGACGACUUGAUUCUUGGAGACGAGGACUCAUGUGUUCAUUGGUAUGGGCCGGUGUGCGACAAUGGGCACGCAAUCCUCAGCCUGCUUAAGCCAGGACAUAUUGAACCAUGCCACGCCUAUUUGACCCGCAUUCUCUCCUUCAUGUUUGCCACCGAUGAACUCUAUGAGAAGCUGAUGCCGUUGCCUAAGGUGCCCUUCAGGAUGAGUUGCGGGAAGCCUCUUUGUGUGUUCUUGGGACAUGUCAGCGCGGCAGAGGCUGAUGAGUUCCCUCAUCAGCCUUCAAGGUCCUCUCUUGUGUCCUCCACAUCAUCUUAA